AUGUCUCUUUGGUGCGAACUAUGUGGUGACAACCAUAUGAGUUACAUGUGCCCCACGAAUCCAGAAUCUAUAUACUAUGUGGGACAACAGAGCAGGGGUCCAAUGAAUCAGAAUGCACAAUAUGGGAACACUUAUAACCCAAAUUGGAAGAAUCAUCCCAACUUCUCAUGGGGUGGAAAUCAGCCGAAUAAGAAUCAUUAUAGACCCCAAGGAAAUUUCAAUCAACCUCAAAAGCCACCUCAACAGGUAGAAGAGAAAGGGAAUGAUUUGUUGAAGCAGUUGUUGCUUGACAAUCAACAGCUCAGGAUCGAUUUCAGAAAUUUAGAGUGCCAAAUGGGACAGCUUGCCAGUGCUCAAAUCACUAGACCAAUUGGAGCUCUUCCAAGUGACACUGAAGCUAAUCCUAAGGCAUCCCUUAAUGCCAUAUCGUUGAGGAAUGGGCGACAAUUAGAAGAGGAAUUCGAGAAGCCAGUUGGAGAGGUGGUGGCUGAGCAACCCCCACCAGUGGUUGCAAGGCCACCACCUCCGUUCCCUCAAAGAUUGCAGAAAGUACAAAUUAAUAUUCCAUUGGCUGACAUCUUACAAGAAGUGCCCAAAUAUACAAAGUACAUCAAGGACAUAGAUGCAAAUAAAAGGAGGCUGACCGAAUUUGAAACCAUGGCACUCACUGAGGAGUGUAGCUCAAGAAUUCAAAGCAAUCUACCUCAGAAAUUGAAGGACCCAGGUAGUUUCACUAUCCAAAUCUCGAUUGGUAAAUAUGCAGUUGGGCGAGCCUUAUGUGAUCUUGGAGUGAGAAUCAAUUUGAUGCCGCUAUCGGUGUUCAAACAAUUGGGGUUGGGUGAGCCAUGCCCAACAAUGUUAAUUUUACAGCUGGUUUAUCGCUCCCUUGAUCAUCCUGAAGGAGUGAUUGAAGAUAUGUUGGUUCAAGUGGGGUCUUUCAUAUUCCUUGCCGAUUUCAUUAUCCUGGACUACGAGCCCGAUCAGGAAGUCCCAUUUAUUUUGGGGCGUUCAUUUUUAGCCACAGGCCGAGCUAUUAUUGAUGUUUAA